AAAAAGAGUCUGAUUCAUACAGUUUUCGUCUGACUUUCGAUUGGAAAGGUUGGUUUCUGAUUCGCUUUUACCUGGGCGUUCACACCCACCAUCGUUCCAGUUUUCGUGUUUUUUGAUCGUCUGUUCAACAAAAUGUCCAAAACAAUUUCUUUGAAGAACCCGGAAGUACCAAUUGUGCAUACUAUUACUGAUGGCAAGCUUGAGGUUGGAGAUAAAGUUGAAGUCAAGGGCGAGCCUCUAGAAAACGCUGUUCGAUUUUCUGUCAACUUCAUCGAAGAUUACAGUCAACAAUGUAUUUUUCAUUUGGACUUCCGUUUCAACGAGGAAGAACCUUACAAACGGACGAUCGUUCGCAACACCAAUUUUCCUUCUGGUGAUUGGGGUGCAGAAGAGCGUGCAGAUAAUCCGCUUGAAAGAGGAGAACCUUUCAAGCUUCAGAUCAAAGUCUUGGAGGAUCGUUUUAGUGUCGAGCUUAACGACGCUCAUCAUUUUGAUUUCAAUCAUCGUGUUUCACUCGGCAAUGCAGACAUAAUCAAAAUCCAAGGAGAUGUCAAGAUCAAGGCGGUCAAAAUAAAAGAAUAUUGAAAUGUUUUACAUUAAAAAGAAGAAUGGUAACUUUGUUACUUGUUUAACCCUAUUUUGUGUAGUGCUUGGUAGUAAUGCUUUAGUGAAGGUCUGUUUGUAUUUUAACUCGUACAUCAGAGAUCAAUAAAUUAUAGCAUCAGCAGUCA